AUGGCGGUGUGGGACUCGCAGUUCCAGCGCGUGAGCACAUGUGACGGUGGAGGCGGUGCGCCUACUGCGCUUGACAUUGCGCGCGUGGCGGCCGCUGGACAGCAGAGGUUCGGCCGCGGCUGCGUGCUCGUGCAGGUUCACGAUGAUGAUAGUUGGGGGAUUAUGGAGGAUUCGGAGAAUACGGGAGAUUUGGCAGGCGUUUUGAAAGCAACUGAAGCUCCAACAGUAGGGGAAAGCACUGCAGCAGAAUCAGCUGGAACAACAGCAGGAGACUCAGGGAGCGCAGGAGCGGCAGGAGAAGUGGAAAAGGUGGGGGUGGAGGUACCUGUGGUGUCACAAGGUGACCUGACGGGUUUGGUCCGGUGUGCAGGUGAUUCCAGUCGGCUGCUGCAACUCACUGCUCCAACCAACCGUGCCUCCAGCAGCAGCAGCAGCAGCGGGGGCGGCGGCAGUGGCGGCGCUGAUUUCGGAUCAACACAUGAAGAAGGUGUCUUCGAUGCAGAGCUGGUGGAGGGAGGGAGAAAGGCAGAAGAGAUUGGCGGAAACAACACUGGGAAAAAUGCUCUGCAAGUCGCAGAUGCGAUGUCAGAAGGAAUGCCCGAGUGGGGUGGUGAGGCUCCGUAUGAUGAGCACCGGGGGGAGUUUGUCCUCGUGCUGUGGCUGCAUAUGGACGGGCAGGCUGUUGCUGGGGCUGACGUGGUCCGGGCUUGUUCUGUGGGUAAUCCCGAGGGUCUGUGCUCGCUGGUGGAGUUUGCUGGUGUGGGAUUGGGUGGAGAUGAGGUGAAGUUGUUAGUGCGUGAUAUGGAGGGUGUUGAGGAGGAGGAGGAGGCAGAGCUGGAAAUAGUGUAG